AUGUCGAGCUCCUUCGAAAAAUCUGUCAAGGGGGCCACGAAGAUAAAGGCUGCGCCGCCCAAGACAAAAUACAUCGAACACAUCCUUGUUGCGACACAUGCUGGCGAAGCGGGCGUGGGGGAGGUCUUUCGCGCCUUGCAGUUCCGUUUACGAGACUCGACAUGGACCGUCGUUUUCAAGAGCUUGAUCACCGUCCAUCUGAUGAUCCGUGAAGGCUCGCCCGAUGUCACACUUGCCUAUCUGUCCAGGCACCCGAACACGCUUGCUAUCAGCAGCUUCACCGAUGCCCAGACACAAGGUCGCAACAUCCGGCACUACGCCAACUACCUCGCCGCGAGAUCUAAAGCAUACCGAGAAACGAAGUGUGAUUGGGUGCGAACUAAGGAAUCCAGGCUGGAGAAGCUGUCGGUCGACAAGGGCCUCCUGCGAGAGACAGAGAUUCUUCAGAGUCAGAUUACGGCCCUUUUGAAAUGCGAUGUUCUCGAGGGUGAAAUCGAAAACGAAAUCACAGUCACCGUCUUCAGACUACUCGUGCUCGAUGUGCUGGCUCUCUUCCAGGCAUUGAACCAAGGAAUGAUUAACAUUCUCGGCACCUUUUUUGAGAUGUCCAAGGUCGAUGCUGAGAGAGCGAUGGCGAUCUACCGCACCUUUACGAAGCAGACGGAUUUUGUGGUGCAAUACCUCAGUGUCGCACGCCAAUACGAGCAUCAAACGAGAGUUGAGGUUCCUAAGCUGAAGCACGCGCCGGUCAAUUUGGGCCGCCAGCUGGAGGAAUAUUUGGGUGAUCCAGACUUUGAAGUCAAUCGAAGACAAUACAUUGCUGAGCAGCAGGGCAAGAAGAAUAAGGUUGGGACCUCGAAACCGACGUCCAGCGCAUUCGACUCUAAGCCGGCGGCAAACACCCCCUUCCCGAGCACGAAUGGCUUGUCGCAACCAAAAACCGAGACUGCCAAGGGUCCUGCCCCCGAUCUGAUAGACUUUUUCGAAUCCAUCGAACAGAACCAGACAACGAUGGCUGCGAACGCACAGCAGCACCAGCAACAGCAACAGAUGCCCAUGCAGACCGGCUUCGCCAACAACAGUGCCUUCCAACCGCAACCUACUGGUUUCCAGCAGAAUGGCUUCGGGCCUCAACAGACCGGAUUUGUGCCGCAACAAACAGGCUUCGUUUCUAAUCCGUACCAGCCUCAGAGCACAAAUCCGUUUGGCCAGCCUCAGCAACAACAGCAGCAGCAGCAGCAACCACCGCAGCCGCUGCAACCUAGCUUUACCGGAGCUGGGUUCGGCGGGUUCACACCCCAGCCCAACUUUCAGCCGGGCACACUUGGCUCAAUACCGCAAGACUCGGUGGCAAGCUUCCCAACAGGCAACACAGGCAUGCUGAGUCCUCAGGCCGGUCAGCAAAUCACUAAUCCUUUCCGGGCGUCCAUGUUGAUGGCUCAGCAAACGGGCAUGUCCACGAAUACCGCAUUUUCGAACCCAGCGAGCCCCAACAUGCAGAGGCAGUCUACAAACCCCUUUGCGAGAUCCUCACCCCAAGCCCAGCAACCAUUUUCACCAGCUCCGAGUAAUUCACCUUUCCUGUCUCAGCCGCAGCAACAGACACAGCAACUUCCCACGAUCGCUCCGUUGCAACCAAUGAUGACUGGUACCAAUCCAUUCGCCAAGAACUUCACCGGUUCUCAACUACAGCAGCAACGCCCUGCUACUAGUUCUGGAGCCAUCGUGCCGCAGCCAACAGGCACCACAAAUCCCUUCCGCCAGGGUUCCUUCGUCAACCAUCAGACCGGCCUAGGCUGGCAACAUAAUCAACAGCCAAUGGGUGGUGGGCUGGAUAAUCUCGAGACGAUGCCUGUCUUCCCCCGGCCCAUCCAGCAAAACCCCUGGCAAACAUAA